AUGAGUGUACCUAACGAAAAGACUUCUAUGCCUUAUUCUGAGAAGCAUUAUUUUUCUUCUUAUGAUCACUAUGGUAUUCACGAAGAGAUGCUGAAAGAUCAAACAAGAACUCUCUCAUACAGAAGUGCUAUUUACCAAAAUCCAUCUCUUUUUAAAGAUAAAAUUGUUUUAGAUGUCGGAUGUGGGACAGGAAUUCUCUCUAUGUUUGCUGCUCGUGCCGGUGCUAAACAUGUUAUUGGUGUUGACAUGUCCAAUAUUAUCAAUAUGGCCCGAAAAAUUGUUGAUUUAAACGGAUUUUCGGAUAAAAUCACUCUUAUCCAAGGAAAGCUUGAAGAAAUUGAAUUGCCAUAUCCUCAAGUUGAUAUUAUUGUGUCUGAGUGGAUGGGAUAUUUCUUACUUUAUGAAUCGAUGCUUGAUACAGUACUUGUGGCAAGAGACAAAUAUCUUAAACCAGAUGGUCUAAUUUUACCUGAUAAAGCUACAAUUUAUCUUGCAGGAAUUGAAGAUGCUGAGUACAAAGAAGAAAAGGUUGGAUAUUGGAAUGACGUUUACGGAUUUGACUAUUCACCUUUUCAAGAAAUUGUUUUAGCUGAUCCUUUGGUUGAUACAGUUGAGUUAAAAUCUAUAGCGACAGAUUCAGCUUCUGUAUUUCAUAUUGAUAUCCAUAAAGUGAAGAAGGAAGAUCUUUCCUUUCAAAACGACUUUAAGAUUCGUGUUCAGCGUGAUGAUAAUAUCCAUGCCUUGAUUGCGUGGUUUGAUAUUGAAUUUUCAAAGGGACCUGUCCCUGUUAGAUUUUCGACUGGUCCUCACGGAAAUUAUACACAUUGGAAACAAACUGUAUUUUAUUUGAAAGACGUUCUUCAAGUGAAAAAAGGAGAAGUAAUUCAAGGUAAAAUAACUUGCUCUCCUACUGAAAAAAAUCCUCGUGAUCUAGAUAUCGCUAUUUCUUACAAAUUUGAACCAAAAAAUGCAAGUGAUCGUAAUAGCACUGGAGAUCUUAAAUAUUUGAUGUGUUAA